GGGCUAUCAGGAAGUUAGCGGUACUGAUUUCCAGUUACUUUCCGUCUUCCCUUUCGUUUCGGGGCGUUGUAGUUAUUUAUUCACACCCUGAUCACGAGCUGUUUCCUUCUUCCCGGAAGACUACGCAAUUAUCUCUUCAGUAUUAACUUUAACCCCUCCUCCCCUCCCAACCAUUAGCUCCGCCCAUUCAACCCGUGUCUUAUUUGUCCCGGGUGUUGUCAGGCGGAAUGCUCGCGCGGAAAUGUCUCUCGGGGUGAGAUUGCUGAGUGUUCUCUUCUUCUUCAUUGUGUGUCCCGCCGGCCUUUCGUCGUUUCCAUGUGGGGCUGGCGGCUGCUCCCCGGGGCCACCUGUAGUGCUGGUUCCAGGUGAUCUGGGAAACCAACUGGAAGCAAAGCUGGAUAAACCUUCAGUUGUGCAUUACAUGUGCUCUAAGAAGACGGACUACUACUUCACUUUGUGGCUGAAUUGGGAAUUGUUGCUGCCUUUAGUUAUUGACUGCUGGAUAGAUAACAUCAGGUUGAUUUACAACGUCACAAGUAAGAGCACAAGCCCUCCCGAAGGGGUGGAUAUAAGAGUACCAGGAUUUGGGCAGACUUAUCCUUUGGAGUUCCUUGAUCCUAGCAAACGAAGCGUGGGUAUAUAUUUUAACACGCUGGUGCAGAAUAUGGUGAAUUGGGGCUACGUACGUGACCAGAAUGUAAGAGGCGCUCCUUAUGACUGGCGCAAAGCUCCCAAUGAGAACGCAGAGUACUUUGUGGCUCUGCAGAAGCUGGUGGAGACCAUGUAUGAAACCUACGGUAGUCCCGUGGUGCUGAUCGCACACAGCAUGGGAAAUCUAUACACACUUUAUUUCCUUAACCAUCAGACCCAGGAAUGGAAAGAUAAAUACAUCCACUCAUUUGUAGCUCUUGGAGCGCCAUGGGGUGGCGUGGCCAAAACUCUCCGCGUUCUUGCUUCAGGGGAUAACAAUCGCAUUCCUGUCAUCAGCUCCUUGAGGAUCCGUGACCAGCAAAGAUCUGCUGUAACCACAAAUUGGCUACUUCCGUAUAACAACUCGUGGCCUCAUGACAAGGUUUUUAUACGUACCCCGACCACCAACUACACUCUGAAAGAUUACCAGAAAUUCUAUAGUGAUAUUGGCUUUGAGGACGGAUGGAUAAUGAGGAGAGAGACAGAGGAACUAAUCUCUUCACUUACUCCUCCAGGGGUGGAGGUACACUGCCUGUACGGCACAGGGGUAGACACACCUGAUUCAUUCUUAUACGAUUCAUUCCCCGAUAAGGACCCCAAUAUAAUUUAUGGACCAGGAGAUGGAACAGUAAACAUAGAAAGUGCCUUACAAUGCAUGAGAUGGAAGAACAGACAGAAGCAGAAAGUAUAUGUUGUUGAGCUGCCAGGGAAUGAACAUCUUGCCAUGCUGUCAAAUCUAACAACUAUAGCCUACGUGAAACAGGUCCUUCUUGGAGUUUAACACUCUUAUUAAAU